UGUCUUCCGGCUACUCAGCGAUCUUCCGGGAUUCGCGGAGGAUGGAGCGGCUGCGGUUGCUGUUCUUUUUACUUUGCCUUCAUCUUCUGCUUUCCGCUGCCGUUGGCUCCCGGCCGCACAUUGUGUUCAUCUUGGCCGAUGACUUUGGUUGGAACGACAUCGGGUAUCACGGUUCUGAGAUUCGAACCCCUGUCUUAGAUAAGCUAUCCAACCAGGGAGUCCGACUGGAGAAUUACUAUGUGCAGCCCCUGUGCACGCCGUCGCGUAGCCAGCUACUGACCGGCCGGUAUCAGAUUCACACCGGUUUCCAGCACGAAAUCAUCUGGCCUUGUCAACCACACUGCCUCCCAUUAGAUGAAAAGCUUCUGCCUCAGCUGCUGAAGGAGGCAGGUUAUAGCACUCACAUGGUGGGGAAAUGGCACUUGGGCAUGUACAAGAAAGAGUGUCUCCCGACGCGGAGAGGAUUUGAUUCCUACUUUGGUUACCUGUUGGGCAGUGAGAAUUAUUAUACUCACGAGCGCUGUUAUUUCAUUGCCCCAUUAAACAUCAGUCGCUGCGCACUUGACUUGCGAGAUGGGGAGGAUGUUGCGACCGGGUUUACGGGUGUGUAUUCAAGUCACUUGUUUACACAGAGAACCAUUGACAUUUUGUCAAAGCACAACCCUGCUCAGCCUCUGUUCCUGUACUUAAGUCUCCAGUCAGUUCACGAGCCCCUUCAGGUGCCAAAGGAAUACAUGGAGCCUUACCAUUUUAUUCACGAUGAACAUCGGCGCCACUAUGCAGGAAUGGUGUCGGUGAUGGAUGAAGCUGUGGGGAACGUCACUGACGCUUUGCAGCGUUAUGGAUUCUGGAACAAUACUGUCUUGAUCUUCUCCACAGACAACGGAGGACAGACCUUAGGGGGUGGAAACAACUGGCCCCUGCGAGGAAGGAAGUGGACGCUGUGGGAAGGUGGAGUCCGUGGCGUGGGCUUUGUCACCAGCCCCUUGCUAAAGAAGAAGGGCAGAGUUAGUCGGGAAUUCAUUCAUAUCUCUGACUGGCUCCCAACUUUAGUGUCUUUGGCUGGAGGAACCAUUAAAGGCACCAAACCACUGGAUGGCUUUGAUGUGUGGAAGAGUAUCAGUGAAGGACACAUCUCACCCAGAAAUGAACUGCUUCACAACAUCGACCAGCUCUUUGUUGAUAACUCGCCAUGUCCUGUUUCACCCGAUAAAAUUGCAACACCCAGGGUACAACAGACCAAAUGGCAGAAUUCUGUCUUUAAUGUGUCAAUUCAUUCAGCAAUCCGUUCUGGGGACUGGAAAUUAUUAACUGGAUAUCCUGGCUGCAGUUACUGGUUCCCUCCUCCAUUAUUCAAUCAAUUGCAAUCAGCUCCAUCUGAUUCGCCAAAGAAAAAUCUUUGGCUUUUUAAUAUUGCAGCUGAUCCAGAGGAGAGGGUUGACCUUUCCGACCAGUUCCCUGAAGUUGUUGAGAAGCUGCUGUCAAGACUUCAAUACUACCAGGACGGUGCUGUGCCAAUUUUUUACCCCGAUGAUGACCCAAGGUGUGAUCCUGGCAAAGGUGGGGCCUGGGGACCCUGGGCCUGAGAGCCAAACUUGUUUACAGCUCAUGUUUAUUUAAACAUUGUCAUAAGCCACACAAUGGCAUUUGUGCUGAAGUGCUACUUUUGAUUUCCAAAUCUGAGAGUGUCCUUUGAUACUUUCUGAAAUUGUACUCGUCCAAAGCAGGUCUUGAAACUCCAGAUCUGUGCACAGUCUGUUUGUGUAUAUAUUGUUUAGAACUAUCAAGUAUUGCAAAGGUAUUACAGCUGUUUUUAUAAUGAGAAUUGCGACUAAUGUUGAAGAUAUAAAGACAGAGUGCUGGAAAUACUAAAAAGCUCAGAAUGUAUCUGUGGAGAGAACAGUAAAGUUAACAUUGCAGGUCAAUAACCCUUCAUCAGGUCUGACCGGAGACAUUAAGAACUUAAGACAUAGGAGCAGAAUUGGGCCAAUUGGCCCAUUGAGUCUGUACCGCCAUUCUAUCAUGCUCUCAAUACCAUUGUCCUGCCUUCACCCUGAAACCUUUGACACCCUUGCUAAUCAAGAACCUAUCAACCUCUACUUUAAAUAUACCGAGUGAUUUGACCUUCACAGCCAGAAUGGUAAUGAAUUUGACCGAUGCACCACCCUCUGACUAAAGAAAUUCCUCCUCAUCCCUUGAGCUAAAGGGAUGUCCUUGUGUUCUGAGGCUAUGCCCUCUGGUCCUAGACUCCCCUACUAUAGGAAACAUCGCUUUUUUCUCUCCACAGAAACUGCUUGACCCAGUCAGUAUUUCCAGUGCUUUUUAUCUUACAUUUCUAGCAUCUGGAUUUGCUUGAGAUUUUGGGCAUCUGCAAAAACUGUUUUGCUAGAGAUAUUCAGCAGGGUAGGUAGCUUCCCUGGAGACAAACUGACUUCAUGUUUUUGGUUGACAUCCUAUCAGGAAGAUCGAUUAAAUUUGAAAUGUCAACGGUUUUUACCUACCUUGAUGCUGCCUGAUAUGAGUGUAUCUAGCAUUAUUUUAUGUUCAAUGUUGGUUGUGUGCUAUUUCAAAUUUCUCCCACUAGAGUUUCUCCAGUGCUUAAGUACUUUUUGGUUCUGCUUGCUGUGGAAAUGUGCCCUUCACCUCCUGUGGAAAACUGCCUUUGUGUUCUUUUUCAGCACAGGGGGCAGAUUGAAUUCUAUGGGAAAAGGGGGAUUCAACAGGAUGCAGCUGAGCACUCAGCUGUGAGAUUGGUUACUGCAGUUGCAUUUGAACAGCUGAGUUUCAUUGUGGAAAGAACUGCCAGCCAGCUCGUGGAUCCAGAGAACAAUGGGGCUGACUAUUGCAAUCGCCUGUCUGCCUCAUCAGUUCAACAGUCCUGCAGUUUCAAGAAACUUGUGCAAGCUCCCAACAAAGAAGGGUAUUGUGUGUGUGUGUGUGUGUGUGUGUGUGUUGUACUUUUUAAAAGCUCUGGUUACUUGUGUGAAUGUUCUUUUCCACACCAUGUCACCCCUGAGGUUCUCCUUCACUUGCCCUCUAUCCGGGCAGUGGCAGAUGAGCUGGUACUCACAACUGAAUGAAAUGUCAGUGAUGCACUCUGUCAGCUGACUUGCACAAUAGCCAGUGAUGGAGUUGCGGGGGCGACGCUGCUUAUGAAAUCUCAAGCUUCUUUCUUCCAGGAUGAAAGGUAGUAGCUGAAGUUGAGAUUGUCACUUCAGCCUAGAAAUUAAAAGCCAUUUGGAGAAAGUGACAACACUUAAAAGGAGAUUGUUUACUUCAUCAAGUAGGGUAUGAAACAGGUUAAUAAUCACAAGUUGAAACCAAGUUCCAUUGAAUGAAGACUGUCCAAACUCGUGCAGGAGAAAACUAUAAACCUCCAAGGUGAGAAUUGCCAGCUACAAAGGCCUGAGAGUACAGGCUAUAAGUAGGUGAAAAGUUCAGAGUGAGAAAAAGAUCUUAAGAACAUAGGAACAUUUCUUGGAAGCUUAAAUCAUAGAUUUAAGUAAUUACUGAUCUUUAGAUAACGGUAGUAUUUCAGAAGACUGAAUACUAGUGGAAAAAGAACACAGAGGCUGGAGAAUAAUUGUUCGCUAUUGGUGUUACUCACGUGCAAGUGAUAUGCAGACACACAGGACCAACAAGCUGGUGUUGAAUUAAACAAAAUUCCAAGGUCCACUCAUAAUUGAUGCAUGAAAGGAAUAUUAGGAAACAAAUUGACCAACCAAGCGAACAAACGAGACACACUCAUUUUUUUUAAAAAAGCAGCCUGUUUAUGAAAGGAAGAGCAAAAUUACCUGCAGAUGGUUCUUCGGAAAGGAAUUUAAAUGCUAUAAAGCCUUAUUCUGGCUUUGUUUCCCAAGAUGACCAAGCCUGGCUGUGGUCCUGACUUUUUUUGGCAAGCUUCACCAAUAAUGUUUGAAACCAGCGGUGAUGCAGCAUCUCACAGAACUGCUGGCAGCACUACAUUACGGUUGCAAAGCCAAAGAAUCUGGGCAAGACCAAAGUUACAUAAUCCAGGUGGUGAUUAUUCUCCAUUAAAUCCUGUUCAAUCAAUGACGUGUAAAGUGGUAAGUCACCUACCAUCCUUUCACUGACCAAUCUUCUAACUGAACUCUUACAGAAUUUUUCAACGUUCGGUUCAGGGAAGGUGAAUGAGUUCACCCUUCAAGGGUUCUGUGUCUAUGGUCCUGUUUCAGCCUAAUUUAUUUUGUGGCAGGGGCCUGCAAGAUUUUCAAUAUCUAGGGAAAUAGCUGUGACAAACCCCAAGUGCUGCUGUUGCUGCUACACGCCAUGGAGUUGAAUGGAGAUUUGUUUUUAAGCUCUGCCUUGACCAGAAAUCUCAACUGAAUCAGCAAGUUUGUUAAACUUUAAAAUGUUUCCUCCUCCACUUCUCAUCCACUUAGUAACCCCUGGAUGCUCAGUGAUACAAUUGUUGAGGUUGCUUAUUUUUCUAAGGUUUGGCUUGGUGGUUAUGUGGCUGUAAUAACAGAGUCUCGGGUUUCACUGUCCUUGCUCUGAUACAACAAUAACUCCAAGGAUAUACGCAUGCAACUGAAAGUCAAAAUGGAGAAAUUGUCAGAGAGUCACUGCUCCACCAUUUGCAGCUUAAUCUUCAGAACUCAGUGUUGAGAAAUAAAGAACUUUAUAAAGUAAAUGUACAAGAGACUUAAGAGGCUGAAAUCUGGAGCGAAAACAAAACAAAGUGUUUGAGGAAUUUAGCAGGCUGGGCAACAGCUGUGGAGGGAAAUGGACUGUUGAUGUCUCGGGUUGACGUCCUUCAUCUGGAUGGAAAGUUGGUGGAGAUCUGGUUUGUGUAAAGAGGUGAGGGAGUGGAGUGAAGUAAGAGCUAGCAAGAGAUAGUUGGAUCCAAGUGAGGAAGGAAGAUGGGCAGAUGGAGGAGGGGAAAGUGGAAAUGAUGGCUGAGGCUGGGAGGUGAUAGGUGGUUGGGAAGAAAGGUGAUGGAUUCUGACGGAAGGUGCAACAAGGAACCAUGUAAGGGAAGUGGUGAUGGGCAGGUGGAGUGGGUGAAGGGGAGGAGAAACAGGGUGAGAGGGUGCUGGGGUAUGCGGAGUGGAGUUGAGUAGAUCAGGAGGAGAGAGAAAAGGGACUGAAAUUAGAGAGCAAUAAAACGUACUUUCUUGUCACAUAACAUUUUGUAUGGAGUACAAGUGAGUUGUGCUUAACCCCAUUAUUGCUACUUAACAAGAUUAUAUAGAGUGGAAUUUGCUUAAAAAGAAAAUAUAAUGGGUUGUGAAAUAUAAUUUUCAUAUUUCAGCAUCUACCUCAAUCUUGUGUAUGUUCCAACCAUUGUUCUACAUUAUAAAACCUGAAUGUGAAUUUUAUUUUAAACUACGCUGGGGAAUUCUUUGAUGUAAUUGACUGCAAGGCCAGCUUGAUGAGAUCACCGACACAGGUGCCAGAGAUAACAAAUGAUAAUCAAUGGCACAUGACUUCAGUAUGAGGUGGGGAGUGGGUAAGUCAGCUUCACAGAUCUCCAGAACCAUAUAGACAGCUCUUGUCAGCUCUGCAAAAUCCAAGCUUUGAGAUGCUACAUGUACAAAGCUCAUGUUGCAUUAUUUUUACUUCUUUCAGUUCACUGAAACAAUCCGAGUAACUGAAAUAUAUUUUGACUGUGCUGGUUUCAAGGAUGUUUCCAAUUUACUCCAGGCUGUAGCAGCAGUGAACCUUGGAGCUUGAAUGAACAGGCCACAUGACACACAUGAAUCUCUGUUCAGGUGCAAUGUAAUAAAUUUCAAUAUUGGCAUCCAACACAAAGCUAUUGCCAGCUGUUUGUGCUCCAAUUUUUAAAAAAUUGUUAUUUGCCUCUAACGUAGAAAAUCCAUGCCUUUCAUAAUAAGAUAUUUAUAUGCAAUCUUCAGUUUGUAUCACAGAAUGAUGUGGACGGCAGCAAGGGAAAUUGGGCUUGGGAUUAACUGAACAUGGAAUGUCAUCUGUCCACUUCACUCCGUUAUUUUAGAAAUGUUAAGGUACAGACACCCAGAAGCUUGACACCUCUGUGAUGCAGAGUCUGGUCAAUCCAGUAUAAGGAUACACAUGUAACUUGAUGGACUGUAAUGAUGCACAAGCCCCAGGCAGCGAUACAAGUAUUUGAUAAGCCCAUCAGUGUUGUGGUUAAACUAACUUCUGAAAUGCUUCUUUAUAUGCACAACCACAGUGUUGAGUGAUAAAGUUGCAAUAAAACCGUGAUUUUCUGCUAUGUUCGUGAUGAAUAAUUAUUAAAAGUUAACUUAUGUAAUUAUU